AUGGCCCCCCCGACACCCCUCUACCACGCCCUCCUCCGUCCCUGCAUCCUCCAGAUCCUCCGCGCGACGGGCUACCACGCGACCCGCCCUGCCGUCCUCGACACCCUCACCGAGCUCGCCGCCCGUUACCUCCUCACGCUCUGCCGCCACACGGCCGCCCGCGCCCUCGACAACAACCCCCACCACGACCCCGCCGACGAGCACCCCCUGCGCGUCGCCGACGUCCGCAUGGCCCUCGAGGACGUCGGCGCCCUAGGCGUCGUCGAGCGCUUCGUCGAGCCCGACGAGGGCGGCCGCCCCGCCACCGCGCCGUCCGGCGCCGCACCCGAGGACAAGACCUCAUCCUCCACCACCACCACCACCACCUCGUCCUCGUCUUCCUCUGCUGCCGCCUACCGCGCCUGCCGCGGCGACGACGACACGCGCGGCGUCGACGAGUUCGCCGCCUGGUUCGCCGGUGCGCGGUGCCGCGCCAUUCGGGACAUGGUCGUCGACGGCAUCGGCGAGGGCGUCGUCGGCACGGGCAAUGCUGCGCAGGACGGGGACGUGCCUGCGGGGGAUUACCUCCACGCACUCAUGUCUCGCCACAGCAAGUCCGCCGAGGACAGCAAGUUCCACGACACGAUCCUCGGCCGCGGAAACGAGCACGCGAGCGACGUGCUCGUCGAGGGGGGCGACCUGUCGAGCAUCGCCGGCUGGAUGGACAUGAUGCGCGGGCCCUCGCCCCCCGGCUCGCCGACGCCGUCGGGAGGGUCCAGGCCGCCGAGCUCCGGGCUGAGUUCUGUCGGCGACCGGCUCGGUGACGAGGGCGACGGCAUGGAUCUCUCCUAG